CAGUCAGUCACUAUAAAAGCAGACAGGCAAUUCAAGACAGAGAUUUUUGAAGCAGAUCUACAACUUCAAUCUGGACUCUGACUGACUUGCAUUUAUUUACAACCUGGGCCUGGAAGAGCCACACACAGCGAGGCAGGUUGUAGGGACGAUGUCCUCUGAGCCCCAGUCUUUCCUAUCCAUAAGUAGCAGUAGCAGCUCACCAUCUCCUUCUCCAGGCCAACUUCAGUCCUUUGACCCUCUAGAGUCGCCCUGCUUUCAGAUGCCAGAAUCACAGUGUCACCAGAGCAAUGGUGGAGAAGGGUUUGUGCCGUACUCCCAGAGAGAAAGCGAUCCCUACAGGCAGAAGAGUGCAGAGCGCUUUCGUAGACACAGUGUAGAUGGAAGUCCUGUUGGACGAGACUGUGGCCUGUCGGAGAACAGUCACUACCAUCCAUACAGGCGUCAGUGCAGUGAAGGGGCCAUCAGUGAGGGCCAAGCCUUCAGCUGUGUCAGAAGAGCUGGACUGGCUGGGGAAAUCACCACUGCUGAUGGGUUGGAGGAACAAUCCUCUUGGACUACAUUAGGCACUGAUGUGGAGACCACAAGUAUAAUGGGAACUCGACGACCUUACAGUGAGCCUCAGGAGAGCUCUGAAGAACCUCCUGGCUACACAACAGUAAACCAUCAGGCAUACAGUGCCAUCAGUCCUCUACAACACCAGUUUUACCCUUCAAGAGGAAUAGAUACGGUUUCUCACUACUAUAACCAAAGUCUCUCAUCACAAACAUCUCAAGACAGUUCUCCUCAACCACUCUACCCUAAACCUGUCUACUCCUAUAGUAUUCUUAUCUUCCUGGCUCUGAGGAACAGCAAAACAGGGAGCCUUCCAGUGAGUGAAAUCUACAGCUUCAUGACAGAGCAUUUUCCAUACUUUAAGACAGCACCUGACGGCUGGAAGAAUUCGGUCCGACACAACCUCUCUCUGAACAAAUGCUUUGAGAAGGUGGAGAACAAGAAUGGGAACUCCUCUCGUAAGGGCUGCCUGUGGGCCCUGAACCCAGCCAAGGUGGAGAAGAUGCAAGAGGAGCUUCAUAAGUGGAGACGUAAAGAUCCUCUGACUGUACGGAGGAGCAUGGCCCGACCAGAGGAGCUGGAACGUCUUCUUGGCGAGAGGCCUGAAAAAUUGAAGAGUCACUUCAGUCUGACCAGCAGCCAUACACAUUCCCAGCCCUUCAGAGUUAACAUGCAUCCUGCCUACGGACACCAGCCUGUCCACGAGAACAGGAUCCUGAAUCAGAAGACUCUCUACAACCCUUUAACAUCUCAAAAUGCUGUCCCGCCUCCUCCUUACAUUUCUCCAGACCCUUUAGCCUUUCCAUACUACACUCCAGUCACUCAUCAGCCCAGCAUCGGCCAUCCCUCCAGUCCUAGGACAGGCAGUUUGGACUCGCCUCUACCAGCACACACUCCACCAAGCUACAGCACCAUCCUGCAGGCCGGUCACAGCGGGACGGCGAGCAUGCAGGAGCUUCUGCUGGAUGGAGAAAUCAGCAAUGAUGUUGAUGCUUUAAAUCCCAGCCUUACAGAUCUGCAGUUACAUGGCAGUCUUUGGGAGGAGCUCAGGAACGACAGCCUAGCUCCAGAUUCGUUGGUUGUCAUGGACUCGGCCUCUUCUCUAGCCCAGCUCAGCCCACCUCCAGCACGAGACAGCGCGGGGGUCUGUGGGGGCCGUGUGGAGACAGAAGAUGGGGUGCAAGGGAGUAUUUCUGAGCUGUAUCUCAGCAGCUUCUACACAACGGCUUUCACCAGCGCAGAAAACAUGCCUGGGCUCAUUUCUUCCUCAGCAAACACUGCUAUUCCUCUACAAUGAGAAAGACACCUCUUUACCACUAGAGUGGCGUGUAAGCUAGUCAUCUUUUUUUUUUGUCCAGGUGUAUUUUUGAAUAUUUAAAUAGUGUCAAUUCUACACUGAAUGGUCCACUUGUGUUAUAAAAAUGACAUUUGAUUUAAAGUUUUAAUGCGGUAUGAUAUUCAAUCCCCUGAAAUCUACCGAUUACUUUUUUUUUUUUAACAAAUAGCAACUAUUGUCCACAGCAGUGUUUAAUGGCUCUGUGACACACAAAAAGGACUCGAUUAUGUAAUUAAUGCCCAAUCACAAUUCUAUCCCUUAGCCCUUCCCAUUACCCCUAUCCCUUGUUUUGCACGUUCACGUGAAGGGGUGGGCAUCUCCCAAUUCUCUAUAGCUUGAAGGCGUAGGGCUAAGGGGAAGGGCUAGAUAUUCCUCAAAAUGAUGAUUUUUCAGGACCACACUCGAAACCAAGGUGUACGAUAAAUUCCCAGAAUACACCUGCUGAACAAAUUAGUAUUUUUUGUCAUUAAAAUAAAAUAAAAACCGCUACAUUUCGCUAUCUAUAAUCCAUAAUAGUAACUCCUGUAUAGUAGUCCCACAAUAUUCUGACACUUGAUGACACUCGAAGUUCAAUUUCGAGAGGAGCAUGCGCAGAAGUUUCAGUAUUGAAUACGUCAUUGAGAAUUAUCCUAUUAUCAAAUCAGUUCUUGACUAAACCUCUAUAUAUACCAAAGCUGUCUUACCUGCAGCAUCUCACGACUUUAGCAUCCUUCCACCACCCCGAAACCUCACUUCUUAAGCAUUACAUUCCCGGGGGGGGGGAGCGUUCUGGGGCCAGGCUAGAUACUUUGCUCGAAUCCCAACUCCUCUCUGUUUCCUGAUAAGGGGAAUAAUUAGAGUUGGGGUGUCUCCUCAAGCUCAGAGCCCUCUACUCGGACAGCACGCCCAAAUACGCCUUAUUCUUAAACGAUUGCAAGUGUGAACUCGUGAAUACCCUGUCAGAAAAGUGUCUGGUAUAAUGUUAAUCUUGUUUUUGUGUUUACAUCAGUGGUGCUCAACCCUGUUCUUGGAGAUCGACCUUCCUGCUGAGUUCAGCUCCAACUCUGAUCAAACACACCUGAACCAAUUAAUUAGGACCUGAACAGCACUUGAUAAUUACAGGCAGGUGUGUUUGAUAUGGGUUGCAACUAAAAUCUGCAGGAAGGUCGAUCUCCAGGAUCAGGGUUGAUCACCCCUGGUUUACAUAGAUAAAUAUGGGCACGGUGUAAAUGCACAGUACAGUUACGAGUUUAUUGCCACAUUAUAUCGUUAUGAUAACAUGAUAUUGUUGUCUUCAGUGAUUUUCUGAUGAUAAAUUCCAAAAUGUAACGCAACUGGAUGACUGCAGCAGUGGCGAUCGUCGAUCUGGUGACGUGUGUAGGUGCUGUAGUGCGGUCCCAUUUCUUAGGGGGAACUAUUUUAUUUUUAUAUAUUGCUAAAAUUAAUACAUCUACAAAAGAGUUGAGAUUUGAUCAGUUUACACAAUUCAGAAAAUCUAAAAUGUUUACCUAAUUAAGCAACCUCAUAGUGUAAAUCCAAGAUAGUGGACACUAAAAAACACACUUCUUUGUGGACACUUCAAAAAAAAUUAAAUAAAAUUAUAGAGAGUGAGAUACAAAAAAUAAAAAGUAUACAAAAAAUAAGUAUAUAAAAAAAAUUG